UAUUGCAGUUUGGGCUGCUGUAGGAAGUGAUUUAAGCCUUUUUUGCUGGGGAAAUUGGCUGUUGUUUUGUGUUUUGCUGAGGUCUUGUGGGCUGGUUUUGGUGCUGAGAAUUUAGUUAUGUUGUUACUGUUAUCAUGAGAAAUUAAUUUCCUGGCGCUGUGCUGUUUUGGCUGCUGUUUCAUGAUAUUUUAUUCAUGUAUUUGGGGUUAUAUUGGCCUGCUGGAUUAGGCAAUCUGGUUGGUUUUUUCUGUACAUUUUUCCAGCACAAUCUGGUUGGUUUUUUCUGUACAUUUUGCUAGUACAAUCUGGUUGGGUUCUCUUUAAUUAUUGCUUUUGGCUCUGUUUGAAUAGAUUUAUUCGAAGUUGAAGAUCGAAGAGCCAAGCUGAUUGCCACUGACUUAGAGGACCAGUCUGAUUCUAAAUAUCCAGGUAUGGACCGUAAAUGGAUGUUUGCUAAUCGCUUAUCCGAUGAAUAUGCUGCUGGGGUGAAAGAGUUUGUUAAAUUUGCGGUUCAAAAUGCAAAGAACCCAAAUAGUUUGCUAUGCCCUUGUUUAGUUUGUUGGCAUGGUAUUCGAGUUAAUCCAUCUGAAUUAGAAGAUCAUCUAAUUUGCAAGGGAAUUGAUAAAAACUAUAUAUGUUGGUCAAAUCAUGGCGAGUCCAGAUUUGAUUCUGGUGAUGCAGCAGAUAGUGUGAGAUCUGCCUCAUUUGGAGCAGAGGAAGAUGCAUGUGAUGGUGACCGUGUUGAGGAAAUGGCGAAGGCGGUUGAAGAUGAUCUUCGUGAUUGUCCUCAAAUGUUUGAGAGGCUGAAAAAUGAUGCGGGGACACCUCUUUAUAAUGGAUGCUCUAAAUUCACAAGACUAUCUGCGGUCUUAAAGCUGUACAGCUUGAAAGCUGCCAAUGGAUGGACUGAUACGAGCUUCACCAACAUACUAACACUCUUAAAAGAUAUGCUUCCAGAGGGAAACGUUCUUCCCGGUCGACUAUAUGAGGCUAAACAAAUGUUGUGCUCUAUUGGAAUGAGUUAUGAGAGGAUUCACGCAUGUCCUAAUGACUGCAUAUUAUUUCGAAAUGAAUAUGAAUCUCUUAAGUCAUGUCCCAAAUGUAAAGCUCCACGAUAUAAGAAGGAAAAUUCAUGUCCUUUAAAAGUGUUAUGGUAUUUCCCCAUAAUACCCAGAUUUAGGCGCAUGUACCGCAGUGCAGAAGUUGCAAAACAGUUGACUUGGCAUAAAUAUAGAGGAGAAGGAGAUGGAAUGCUUCGACACCCGGCAGAUUCUCCCCAAUGGAGCAAAAUUGAUUCUGACUAUUCUGAAUUUGGCAAAGAGGAAAGAAACCUACGCCUUGCAUUGUCUACUGAUGGAAUAAAUCCACAUAGCCUCCAAAGUAGCACCCACAGUACGUGGCCGGUGAUACUAGUGAUCUAUAACCUACCUCCUUGGCUUUGUAUGAAGCGCAAGUACAUGAUGUUAUCAAUGUUAAUUUCUGGGCCUCAACAACCAGGAAAUGAUAUAGACAUAUACUUGUCUCCUUUAAUUGAAGAUCUGAAGAAAUUAUGGGAGGUAGGGGUGGAGGUGUAUGAUGGGUCAAGGGAAGAAACUUUUAGGUUGAGGGCAAUGUUGUUUGGUACGAUCAAUGAUUUCCCGGCAUAUGGCAACUUGUCGGGAUAUAGUGUAAAAGGAAAACUUGCAUGCCCUAUAUGUGAAGAUGAUACAAUUUCAAUGCGAUUAGAUCAUUGUAAAAAGAAUGUUUUCCUCGGACAUCGUAGAUUCUUGCGAACAACACAUCGUUAUCGGGGGUGGACAAAAGCUUUCAAUGGUAAUAAAGAAGAAGGUAGAGCUAGAAAGCCAUUGAAGGGUAGUGAUCUGAUUGCCAAGGUGAAGAACGUGAAGUGUAAAUUUGGCAAGACAUUCAAAAAACAACUUCCUAAAUGUGGUUGGAAGAAAAAGUCAAUUUUCUUUGAGUUGCCAUAUUGGGAGUCACUUCAUGUGAGACAUUUUCUUGAUGUGAUGCAUAUUGAGAAGAAUGUUUUUGAAAGUGUUAUAGGUACUUUACUAAAUGUGCCGGGCAAGACUAAAGAUAGCAUCAAUGCAAGACUUGAUUUGGUUAGCAUGGGCAUAAGAAAAGAAUUAAGACCGGUGAAGAAGGGGAAACUGGGGUAA